UAUAAAAGAGGCGGCGGUGUCCACCGGCCGGCAUUGCCAGUGUGCGCGUCUUCCGUGUUAGAGCGAAGCAGGCCGUCGAGCACACCGUCGCCAUGGCGUCCCCGUCCCUCGCCGUGCUGUGCGUCGUCCUCGCCACCGCCGCCGCCCAGCUCCCUGACUUCAUCCCUACGUGCGAACGCGGCAACGGCCUCGAGGACUGCAUCGUCAAGGCCGUGAACGAGCUGCGCCCGAGGAUCAACAAGGGCAUCCCCGAGCUGGACGUCCCGGCCCUGGAGGGUCUGAGGAUCGACGAGGUGGUGGUGAGCCCUGCUGGAUCCUCGUACAGGAUCGUGGGCCGCAAUCUGCUCAUCUCCGGCGCCGAAAAUUUCCGCGUCUUCAGGCUCAAGGCUGACCUGCCUCGCAACACCUUCUACAUCGGUGUGGAGUUCCCCGACGUCAAGUACACCGGCCAGUACACCAUGAACAUCCCCACGCCCAUGAUGAGGAUCAACGGGGCUGGCUUCGUCAACGGCAACGCCACGAGCAUCCGCGCCAACGCCGUGCUCGAGGGCAAGAUCGUGAAGCGGGACGGCAAGUCCUACUACAACUUCAAGACCCUGGACCUGGACGUCAAGCUGGGCGACUACAAGAUCCGCCUGGACGGCCUGUUCCGCGACAACAAGUUCCUCGAGGACCUCGUGCUGAGCAUGAUCAAUGAGCGCUCCAAGGAGUUCGCGUGGAUGGCCGAGCCGCUGGCCGAGCGCGCCGCCAGCCAGAAGGCGCUCGCCUGGGCCAACAAGAUCGCCAAGAACCUGCCCAUCGAGGACAUGUUCCCGGAGAGCGCCUAGGGACCAUCGCCACUGACGGGGACGACGGCGACAGACUACAGCCUGGGGCAUCAUGACAUUGUGACAUUGUAAAAUUGUGAUACAACGGACUCUUCGAGUCUAUCUUAUUAAUAAAUUACCAAGUUACCGACUGUUAUAAA